UUUCCCUCUUUCCUCCGUUAAUACCAGCUGGGUGGCUGGGGGGAGGAGGGAAGGUGGCCCCGGCGGAGUCUGGGCGGGCGCCUCCCCCUCAGCCGCGAGCCGCCGCCGUGUGAGCCGGAGGAUGGCGGCGGUGGCUGCGGCCGCCCGGGAGGAGGCGGUACCCAGGCCCGGAGCGCAGAGCGCGGCGACGGCGGCAGAGAGCGGCAGCGGCCCGUCGCGGCGCCUCAGAACCGAAACCGGCGGCCGCCGCAGCGCCACCUGAGCCGGCCGCGGCGCGACCUCCUUCCUGCCCUCGCCUCCCCUCCGCGGCCUCCGGCGGGGCGGGCCGCCCCCACCCCCGCCCCCGCCCCCGCCCCCGCCCCGCGAGCCCGGGAGCCCGGGAGCGCGCCGGGCGCCGACCGCCCUUCGGGGCUCCGGGCGGCGGCCCUGGACGUGCGGGCUGGUGGCAGCGCCGGCCGCGGCGCCUCGGCCCUGCCCGCUCGCUCCCGCCCUCGCGGCCCGGGGCAGGGCGGACAUGGGCGCCAAGCAGAGCGGCCCGGCCGCCGCUAACGGCCGCACCCGCGCCUACUCGGGCUCGGAUCUACCUUCCAGCAGCGGCGGAGGGACCAACGGGACGGCGGGCGGCGGCGGCGGCGGCGGCGGCGGCGGCGGCGCGCGGGCCGCGGCGAGGUUUCCGGCUCAGGUGCCGGGCGCGCACCAGCCCAGCGGCUCGGGCGGCGCCGCGGCGGCCUCGGCGGCCCCGCGCAGCCGCUCCCUCGGCGGGGCCGUGGGGAGCGUGGCGGUGGCGGCGGCGGCCCGCGCGGCGCAGUCGUCCUUCAGCAUCCCCAACAGCAGCAGCGGCCCGUACGGCUCGCAGGACUCGGUGCACAGCAGCCCCGAGGGCGGCGGCGGCGGCGGCGGCGGCGGCGGCGGCGGCGGCGGCAGGGACCGGCCGGCGGGCGGGGGCCCCGGCGGGCCGCGCCUGGUGAUCGGCUCCUUACCGGCUCACCUCUCGCCGCACAUGUUCGGAGGAUUUAAGUGCCCUGUAUGCUCAAAAUUUGUACCUUCAGAUGAAAUGGAUUUGCAUCUUGUGAUGUGUUUAACAAAGCCAAGAAUAACCUAUAAUGAGGAUGUACUGAGUAAAGAUGCCGGGGAAUGUGCAAUAUGCCUUGAAGAAUUGCAGCAGGGAGAUACUAUAGCACGACUGCCUUGUCUAUGCAUAUAUCAUAAAGGCUGCAUAGAUGAAUGGUUUGAAGUAAAUAGAUCUUGCCCUGAGCACCCUUCCGAUUAAGCAUCAGCUUCCUGUUUUAUAGGUUUUCUUGUCUUUCCAAGAUGCUUGAAAAACUGAGAGGACAUGAGGAUCUGUCUCUGGAGAAAGAAAACAAAACUGCAGGCAUACUCAGCCCGAAAUCUGAGUUCUGUGACUCUUGGUGAUGCAGAGAUGGACAAUCAUACAGGGAAUAACCCUGCUGAAGAGAGGACAGUUGCCACAGAACUCACUGUACCAAACAUGCAUAUAAAGGACACACAGGGAUUUUGAAAAUGCUGCACAUCCCUUAAUAGUCAUCUACAUAGGUAACGCUGAUAAACAUUUUGUAUUCAGACGCCAAAGUUAACUGAUUUAGAAGUUGAUUUUAUUAAGUUGUCUAGAGCCGCGCCACUAGUUGUGUUUUGACUUGUAUUUUAGUUGGGGGGUCACUUUAUUUUCCCCAACAUGAUGUUUCUGCAUUCAUCUCUUCUUAAACUGAAGACCACAUAAUGUACUUCUUAUAAACUAAAGUCUUAAAUGUGAAACCAAGAUAUGUAAUCAAGCAGUAAAACAUUCUCUGAAUGUAGACCAUGAUCUCAAGUUCUUCUGUUUUUAUCCCCAGGAGUAUAAAAUAGACUUCUACGUAGGAGAGCUAAAACAUGGUAAUGUUUGAAAUUAAAGGUUGAACAGUAUCAGAAUGCAGUCCAAAGAGUAAAUCACGUUACAUAAUGACAUUUUAAUGAACUAAAUCUAAGAUUGUCUAUUGAAUUGCGAUUAAAUGUAUUAUUUCCUCUUAAGUAAAACUGCUCAGUAGUUCAUCAGUAAUGAAUCAUCCUGCAGCUAUGCAACUUUUUAAAAAAUACAAAUUACCAAUUUUAAGUGCUGCCAGCUAUAACUUUGUUUUAACGGGUAUUUUUAUUUGUUCUUUUCAUGUAAUUAUUUUAUUGUGCUUUGCAUCUCCAGUUUCCCACAUUUGGGUAGAAUGUUUAGGAGGUUAGUAACUUAUGAAAAGGGUAAAAUAAAAUUUUCUUGGGUGGAACUUGGAAUAAUUUGAGAGACAUUUUAUAUACUUCUAAAAAUCUGAAUUUAAUUGGGAUGCCGGAUUUAUAGCAAUUUGCAUCUUUAAUUUUCCAGGUAAUCUGGAGGUUAGUGUUUGAUAAAUGAUUUUUUAAAGCAAAUAUGAAGAUUUUGUUAAUUUAUAAUUUAUUAAUAUGUUAUUACUGUAAUUGAAAAUGUUACAGAGACUUUUAAAUUCAGUCUUGUGUAGAAAGAAAUGUAUUAAGCAAAAUUAUGUGAAUAAAUAUUCCCACAAAAUACAUCUGAAUGGUUAAAAAAUACUGGAAGAGAGCUAUCAGGGCUUACAGUAGUGAAUGUCUUUUUUUUUUUUAUACAAAAAGAUACCAAUAUGUAGAUUUCAUAUUUUCAACGUACAGGGAAAAUGUUAUCAGUGAACAUUUAAGCAGUGCACUUUACUUGAUAUAAUUGAAAGUUGCACAGUACUGUUUCCUUAUUUUAAGCUUGCUUUAUUUAAGCAUUUGCUUUUCUAUUUAAUGCUGCUACUCUUAUUCUCAAUUUUUUUUCCCUGUUCUGCUUCUGUUUCAUACUUUUUGAAAGGGCACGUUCAGGAGCAACUGCUGCUACCCAGAAAAAUUGGUGGUUUUGAAGCAAUUGAAAGAGUUUUUCAUUGCUUUCUGUGUAAUUCUAGACCAGAUAACAUUUUCCUUAAAGUUAUGCUGUGAAAUGCCUUUUGUUAUGCUGCAAUUGAUGAAAGCAUCCCAAGCCUCCUUUGUGACAGCUGACAGCAUGAUUUCAUAGGUGCUUUUUAAACCAGUUUUGGGAAGUAAUUUUCCCUUAAGGAAAAUAUCCUUUCCUUAAAUUUUUUUCUGUUAUCAUGAAAUCUGAAUAUGAAUCCAUUUUGUUUCACAUUUUUAAUUUUGUAAGCUUUCACACAGAACACACAUAACCACUCACCCCAGGAAAAAACCUCUUAGAAUAUUCUGUGAAUAAUUCAUUUUUUUCUAUACUGGUAUAUUGUUAUAGUAAGAAUUGUUUUGUCAUCUUCCAUUCUUAAAGAUAGAGAUUAACUCUGCCUCUGGUAAUGACCUAUUCAUAUUCUCCUGGAAGUUGAUUUUUCUGAUACGAUUUCCUCCUUGACUUUUAAUCUUCUAAUACUUCGUUCUUUCCCAUCUUUGUCCUGUCCGGCCCUUUAGCCCUCUUGGUCUCUCUCAGCCUCUGACUGCCCCACGGUUCUGUGCUGCAGCUGCUGCGGUAGAAGCUCCUGUGCUUUAGAAGAGAGUUCAGUGUUUAUCUAUGUCGAAUGCGCCUUGGUUAUUCUAUUUGUCUAGAACAGUAUUAACUUAAAAAAAAUCUGUUGAUAGCAAUCCCUUUUUUUGUUAAAAUUGACAGAGGUUAGCGUUUUUUACUUUAAGUUCAGUCUCCAUCAGUGAUUCCCUAAAGUUGAGAAUUUAGAAAUUGAAGAAUAAGUUUUUAUAGCCCAGAUACUCCGGUUUUUACUCAAAGUCGCUACCCUGGAAAAUAUUAUAAUAUUCUACACAAUGUCACUUACAAUAUUUGUAAAUCUGUGUGUGGACACUGAAUAGUCUAAGUAGGAUAUAAAAAUCACAUUAGAUAUUUAAGUAUGUAGCUUGAAACUACUGACAACGGGGUAUUAUGGAGACAAAAUAAAGAUUGAAAACCUAGAUUACCAAAUUGGUGAUAGCUUUCUAGAAUCUUUGUAAAUACAUGUUUUCCAGUAAGAUCGCACUCGCGUAUUUAGAAAGCAAGAUGUUCUGAAAUUUCACUUUAGUGCCACUCUUUAUAAUGGGCUUAUGCCAAUUUUGACUCCUCAUUUUUCUUUCAUCUGGCUUUUUGGGUUUUUUUGUUGUUGUCAGAAUGUGUAAGAGAUAGUAAGAUUAUUCUUACUUUUGACUUUUUGCCAGAGAAAUUAGACUAAUCCUCAUCUUAAUCUAUGUUUUUUCUGAUCUGGUUAUAAAUCCGACAUAGAUUGUAUUUUAAGAGCAGUGUCUGUGAUUGAAAUAUAAAUAAUGAUUUCUAUAAUGAUUUUCUUGUGAUAGUUGAACAACAUUUAAAAGGCCAUGUUGUAAACUGUUGCAUGCUAUUUGGGUUUUGGUUUCUUAGUGCAAAUCUUAUAUUUCUUUUAAAAUGUUAAAGUUACUUUAGUUCUCACCUGCUAAACACACUUUAUUAGAAUGUAAUUCAAAAUGCCCGAGGGUGCUGCACCAUCAGCAUGUUUGCAAUAUGUAUUUUGAGAAGAUUUCAGGUUAAAAAUGUUUUAGUGAAAAUGGCAGAUUCCUUUUCAAAGCUUAUUUUUCUUUCUAAAUUUGGGUAUAGUGAAGUUUAAGAGCAGUCAUUUAAAUUAACAUACUGUAUAGCAAAACUAAGAGAUACUUCUUUAAAUGAAAAAGAUAGUAAAUUAAGUGUAAAUAAUACCUAGUUUUAUUUACCACCUUGGAGAGUUGAAGAAAGAAAAGUUCCUAACAGUAAGCUACUAUGUUCGAACAAAGCAUGAAACUCUUUUUAAAAACUCAAUAAUUGAAUUUCCUGUGAUUGAUAACCCAUAUUUAUGCAUCGAAGAUAAUAUCCACAUCAUAUUUUUCCACAGAGGAAGUUUCCAUAUAAAUCAGAUUAUUGGGAACUUUGUAAAACUGCGUAGAGGUAAAUGUUGCUUAUUAAUUGUGAAUACAGUUUGUUAGUUGCAGGAAAUCUUCCAGUGCAUUGGGGCCAUUUUCUUGCAGUUUUAUCUAUCCUGAGGUGAACUCAGUACAUAUUGAGAAUGUGUUAAAUGUGAAAUGUCCCUUGUUCUUGUACAGAUACUUUUGAAGUUUUAAAAAAUUCUAGCAUGCCAAUAUUUUGUCUUUGGCCCAUCACCUCCACCCCUUAAUUGAAAUGUAUAACUUCUGAUUUUUUUCUUUGCUAUAUUGUGAAUACUAAUAAUAGUUAAAUUGUCUGUUUUAUUGUCUACUUCUCUAUCCAGAUCUUUUCAUUCUAAAACUAUAUUGCUACUUGGUUUUCUGUAGAGGAAAUUGCUAUUUGGUGUACUAGUGAUUCUAAUUGGGGAGCAGCUGACUGGGUAAAAACUUUUGGUAAUAACUGACCGAGACAGUACUUUGAGUGCCAUGUUCUGUGAAUACUCUGCUUAAGCUGGGAAGCCGAAUGUUCUUUUUAAAUCACAGAAUUCUUGAAUUGAAUUGGAAAUACCUAGUCUUUGAAGUCCAGCUGAUUCUCUGGAAAGAAUUAAAAGCACUGAGGAAAACCAGAUAUGUCAAUAUUAAGUUUUAACUGAAACAUUACUAUAUUUAAGAGAGUUUGUAUACUUUCAGAUAUUUAAGCCAUCAUUAAUUUUAGACCAAUUGCUAAAAAUAAGAUCAAUUGUUGAUUGCUUGUUUAUAGAGAAGGAAAGAGCAGUAUGGCAUAAACUCACAUCCCAGUAAUAAAGGAAAAUUUUUAAAGUGAUAUUAGUAUCUGUCAGCCAGCCUUGCGCUUCUUAGCUCUGCCCUGGACUGUGAGAUACCUGUUAGAACCCCAAGUCUUAGAAUCAAAAGUGACUGAUUUCUCCUAUUAUAAAUUUUCAUGCCUGUCCUUUUGAUUUGAUAUGCUGAGAUUGACAAGUACCAAUGGUUUCUGUUUACAAACUUAUAGUUCUGCCUUUGCCCUGGUGCUAGCAUCUUGAAAAGGUUACAUUUUUAGUAGCAUUUUGAGCACCUAUGUGCAUAUGAUACAGUUAACAGAUCCUUUAGGGAGAUUAAAAGAGAGUUUGGAAUUUGAUGAUGGUAUUGAUCUUUAAUACAGAAGUCCAUUACAUCUUAUUUCUUUGCAAUGACUAUAUGAGUAUCAGUUUUUUUAGAAAACCACAGUAAUAAUAGAUAUUGACUUCAUUGCUUUUGUUCAUGAUUUCAACAACUCUUCUGUAAUACCUCUUAAUUUCCUCUAUUAGAAAGUAUUUUCCUGUUAAAUUAAAAUAUCCAAAGGAUCCAUCACAAGAAAUAUAGAAUAUGUAUUAGGAACAGCUUGUAUGUUCUAAACUAAAAUGGAACAGUUCAUUACUGAUUUUUUUAAUAAAUAAAACUUCCAUAUGA